AGAAAUUGUAAAAUUUUUUGUUGAUUGACAAAGAUCAAUUUGAAUAUGUUCAUAGGGUGUGGGUGUGGCUUAAAGAAGACACACGCCAACACCCACAACAACAUCCAUACCCACACCCACACCCUAUGAACAUAUUCAAAUUGAUCUUUGUCAAUCAACAAAAAAUUUUACAAUUUCUGAAAUAGGAAAUUUUGUUUCGAAUAAUGAAAUUCAUAAUCAAACAAAUAAUAAAACAAUAUUAUCUUCAUUUCAACAUGACGGAAUAAUUGAAGAUCAAAUAACAAUACAUGUAUUUUAUAUGGCAAUUUUAUUAACACAAUCAAUAGCAGAUGUAUCUUAUUCAGUAAAUUUUUUUCUUUAUUCUUUCAGUGGAAUUGCUUUUCGAAUAAAUCUUAAGCGGUCAAUUAAUACAUUUCAAAGACAUUAA